UUAGAUAUCGCAAGAAUGUUUUAUAUGAAGAACUACGCAAUUGUUUUUCUUAUACUAAUCAACUUUAAAAUUGCCACAUCAUUUUACACAACAAGAAAAACGGAUGAUUCAACUUCAGACCUUCGAAAAAUCGCCAUUCAUCGAAACACUGGGGAAAUUUAUGUUGGAGGAAAAAACGCUCUUUUACGAUUUAAUUCAAAAUUCGAAAAUGCGUCUAGCAUUUCUUUUAGAAGAAAGUAUUGUGUGCAAAAUCAAAUCAGUAUUUGUGGAAAUGCAACAGCUCCGGAUGAUAUAGUGGAGGUUUUAGAGUAUUUACCAGAAAUAAAGAAAACACUGAUGUGUGGAUCACUGGAACAUAAAAGUUGUAAUUUACUGUCUGGAAAAGAGAUAUCGCCAUUAUCUGAUAAGAAAGCAAACUAUAUAGACAGUAGAAAAGGUUCCAUACUUGUUCCGAUACAAAAAGAACAGACUUGGAUCUACUUUAUUGGAACAAGUUGGGAUGGAGGGAAUUCAGUGGAAAGUGAAUUUUCCUUCAAAAAGUUAUAUAACGAGGAAUUUUUGGACGAAUCCGUGUACUCUAAAAUGAAACUUUGUGACCAAGAACGACGAAAAUCGAAUCUAAAAUUUAUUUAUGGAUUCCAAGAUGAAGAGUUUGUUUAUUCAAUCUAUCUAAAAAUAAGAAUGGAAGAUUCUAGAAACUAUUAUGAAACCAAACUAUCUCGAAUUUGCAAAAACGACGAUUACAUGGGUUCAUUUAGUGAAAGAAUAUUGUCCUGUAAUCAACAUAACAUUGCUACUGCUGCAUAUUAUUUGACUAAUGGGACUUUGUAUGUGGCUUUUGGAACGGGAAGCCAUUCUCUUGAAGCCCUCCCAUCGUCUGUUGUGUGUAUGUUGGACAUCCAGGAAAUCAAUAAAAUGUUUACGUUUACGCAUAUCAGUUGUUAUUCAAAUAUUAAGAAGAGUGGAUAUACUCCUCCUCGUUGGAAUAACUGUGAGCAUAGAAGAUGCAACAAGGAUUCAGAUAUUCCGGCAGGGAGAAUUUGUACAAAUGGUAAACUACGCUCUCUAUAUGGAAUUGAAAGUAUAGCACCCAUACCUGGAAGUCAAGCCGAGAUUUAUAGACAUGAGAAGAAGUUAUUUACGAGUGUUUUCUCAAAUGGAAUGACAGAAUAUCAAAAUCCUUUAGUAUGGAUUGGAACAAACGAUGGGUUUCUUUUAAAAGUAGGCAGUACUUCACCUACUGGGUCUCGGGUCUACGUCGAAUUUGAUCUCACAAAAAAUAGAAGUGUAAAAAUAGAACCUGAUGUAGAGAUUGUUGAGGAAGGAAAGUACGCCUACAUUCUGUAUGGUAAUAAGGUUUCCAAAUUUCCUCUUGAUUCCUGUCAAAUCCAUACAACUUGUGGAGCUUGUGUUUUGAGUGGUGAUCCUUUAGGAUGUGGUUGGUGCAAAGAUGUCUGUCUGAAGAAAGACCUGUGUAAGUCCACAUGGUACAAUGAUAGUUGCCCGCCAUUUAUACACGAGGUAUUUCCUACCAGUGGACCAACAGAAGGUGGGACAGUUCUUACCUUAAAGGGAAGGAAUUUUGGAUCCUCGAAUCUAAAUCCUCCCUCAAUAUCUGUGGGGAAAACAAAAUGUGAAAAUGUCACUUGGAAUGAUACGAACAUUCAGUGUGUCCUCCCGAUGUCCAAAAAUUUUACUGAUGUGGUCAUUGUAAAAACAUAUCCUCAGAAUUCAACACAUGGAUAUAAAAUUAAGGGAGAUUCAGAAAUUGGCAUUUAUAAUUUCUCAUUCAAGGUCCCGAUUGUGAUGUCAGUGAGUCCCACAUUUGGUCCACGACAUGGAAAUACCAUUGUUACCAUCACCGGUGAAAAUCUGGAUAUUGGAUCAAAAACUUCUCUGUCAAUGUGUAAAAUGAUAAGGAUAAAUUCCUCUAGCAUUCUUUGUAAAAUAAAUGAAUGUCUGAUAGUUCGGUCUGGAAGUGAAGGCUUUAAACCCAUUAAGCAAUGUCCAUAUUGUGAUGAUUUCGUGAUUGAAAUAGACAAUUUCAAAUUUUGGAAUAAAACAUUCUGCUACAAACCAAACCCUGUUGUUCAAAAUAUUUCACGAACAAGUACAAUGAAAAGUGGUGGGUUGAGGUUCAAAAUAUCAGGACGUCAUUUUGGUUCUGUACACUCAUAUGUGUUCCGUACCAUAAUUAAUUCCACAUACAUCAAAGAUAUGAAUUGCACUCAAAUUAAUGGAACUGAAAUAAUAUGUAAGACGCCAAACUUGUCAAAUAUAUCCGAAGUGAGGCGAGCACAAGUUGUUUUACUUCUGGAAGACGAUGCCUUCUAUUGGAAGUCCUGGAAUAAUCAGAAACCCGUGCAUUGGAAAGUUUACCAAGAUCCUCAUUUUAACACCCUCAGAACCUCUCUUUCUAAAGAAGUGUUACAUGAUACUCGCCUGGAGCUAAAGGGAAGAAACCUUGAUGGUUUACGGCCUGAGGAUAUAGUUGUUACCUUAGAUGAAAUAGAAUGUCCAGUGAUUGAUGUCCAGUCUUCCUUAUUAAAAUGUGAUCUAACGACAGCAAUUGAACGAUACAACAUUCUAGAAAGAGACAUGGCAUUUAAAGUGGAGGUAUCAAUCGGAAAUCUCAGACUCUUACUCGGGGAUAUGACUCUAAAGCACCAAGUAAAAUUACACCUAGCUGGCAAUAAGACAGUCAUACCUAUUUCCUUGAUCAGCUUUUUUAUAGUUCUUCUAAUAAUUUGUGCCAUAUGUAUGAAGGUUAAUAGAAUAGGACCAUUUAAACGAAAGAUUCUUCAUCACGAGUCCUCCGUGGUUUUCCAAGCUGAGAAUCACACUGCUCCAGUGUCCCGAAGAUUACUUCCGGAUCCAGACCCUGAGAGCAGCACGAGUGCCAGACUAAAUGAUUAUGUCCGAGAUCUGGAUGGCAUGAUUAUAGAAAAACGAUCGUUUGAUGAACUGGACAGUGAUUUCUGUGUCACGGUUCAAGUGCUCGAAAAACAAAACCUCCUGAUAGAUGGAGAUAACUUAAGAUUUGACCGUAACUGCGGUAACUUAGGGCGAGGGAACUUUGGUUGUGUAUAUAAAGCUUUUCUUAGGAGACCAGAAGAACAUCUUGAGCUUACUGUUGCUGUGAAGACAAUCAUAAGAUCCAGCGAUGCAGAUGUGACGGCGUUCUUAAAUGAAGCAUUGAUCAUGAAGGAUUUCAACCAUCCGAAUGUCCUUACGUUAAUAGGAAUAACUCUGGACAAGGGGGAGUUCCCAAUGGUCAUUCUACCAUUUAUGCAAAAUGGAUCCCUAUUGUCUUACAUAAGGAAUGAAAAUAAUAUGCCGACUGUAAAAAUGCUGGUAACCUAUGGUCUUCAUAUAGCACGUGGUAUGGAGUAUAUGGCUGAAAAUAAGUUUGUCCAUAGAGAUUUAGCAGCAAGAAAUUGCAUGCUGGACUCCAAUUUUAUCGUAAAAGUUGCAGAUUUUGGGCUUACUCGGGAUGUUUAUUCCAAACAAUAUUACAGUAGUGAAAACAAAGAACGUCUGCCAGUCAAAUGGAUGGCUCCUGAGAGUUUGGAACAGGGAAAAUACUCAGCAAAAUCAGAUGUUUGGUCUUAUGGAGUGUUGUUGUGGGAGUUAAUGACAAGAGGAGCUAUCCCCUACCCGGAAGUGGACAACUGGGAUGUGUGCACUUACAUUAAAACCGGAAGGCGACUGCAACGACCAGAAUAUUGUCCUCCCCAUUUGUAUCGACUUAUGAGAAUGUGCUGGCAGGAGAAUCCGAUGCAGCGACCUCCAUUCAGUCGAAUGAGAGAAGAAAUUGAAAAGUUAUUAGAUAUUAAGGGGAAUGGUAAGAUGGUAGGGGACACCCAAGUUGAUCUUGAGCGAUGUACGAACUAUCAUUACAUGGACGAAGUGAGUCUCGCUCGACAAAGGAGUCUAAGCACCAAGUGGUCAACUUCGUCGGAGGAUGCCGCUCUCUUGUAAGGAAUAUUGCAAAGAGACCAUGAGCCCUUUGGAGUGUGUCCCCGAGGAUGUACUUCUGUUUGUUGCCCAUAACUUUAUUUAAGGCAAUGAAGGGUAGAUAUCUAUUGUACGAUGAACUGUAGUUAUGAAAUACACUGUUCAGUUUUAAAACAAUAACCAAUUAAAGUUUUACAAGGUUCUGAAAUAAACUUUCCACUUUUUUUUUUAUACAUUUCUGUGAGUUGAAUUGUUUAUGAAUUGUUUAAUGCAAUUUUUCUUUCUUUUUUUCUUUUUUAUUAUAUUUUAUUUGUUUGUCUGCAGAGAGCAGUCCAUUUGUAACUAUUAUUCCAUGGUUUUAUGACAGCAAUUUGAUCAAACUAUUGGUGCUUAUCACAUAGUGAUUGUUUCUAAAGCUGUUUUAGUAGAUAAGAAAUAUAUUUAAAGUUCUUUUUUCUUUUAUACUAAAGAGAACUGGAUUUUCAUGGUAGUUUUUCUGACAAUUAGUAUUUCGAUCUCCUGGAAAAGAAGAACAAUGUCUAAAGAUAACAUAUAAUUGCAUUAAAUUGCACCGGUCGGCAGGGGAUGUUCACUCCUCCAUGGCACCUGAUUCCACCUCUGAUGGUUUAGAGGUCCGUGUUUGCUCUGCUACUGAUUUGCAUUGUUUGAAUGAACUUUUGAGCUUGAAUACUGUUCGUUUUUUUAUUUUUUUAUUUUUUUUUUUAUUUUAUUUUUUUUUUAUAAAUAUCAAGUUAUUACUGGAACAUCUCAACCUAAUAAUAGUCUAUGGCUAAAAAAAAAAAUAUUUCAUAUUUUUAUGGAGCUAUUGCAAAAUUUGAUGAAUUCCCAGCCUCAAUAUCAUAACAAAGAUAUGUGAGUGGUAUUUUUUUUUUAUCAUACUUCAAAAGCAUAUCAUAGAUGAAGCUCAAAAAUAUUUCAAAACUUUUUUCGACAUAUUUUCUUUCUUUCUUUCUUUUUUUUUUUGAAAUAGGUUUAUUUAAUUCAAAUCAAUUUUAGUUUUUUUUAUUUGUCAUUGUCAGAUAUAAAUUUUGGGCACAAAAAUAUAUUUACAUUAUUUUUGUUUCACUGCCUUACUUGGUUCUUUAGAUACAGAUGUAUAAUAAAUAUUGCAUCAUGUAUAUUUUGAUCUCCUGUUAGUUGUCCUUUUUAUCCCAGACUAGGGCAAAGAUUUACACUACUACCAUGACUGUAAAUAUUUAAUGUUUACUGUAUAGGGCUUUUGUUGUAUGACUUUGAAAUGUAUUUAAUAAAAAAAUGUUUUAUAUCAAA